CUACCAGAGAUUCAGUAAAAAAGAAACGUUUCAGCUAAAUAAAGACAAACAUAAUAAUUAUAUGUAGAAAAACAAAAAUUUAGAUUAAACUGCCAGAGAUUCAAUAAAACAGUAUAAUUAUAAAAAUAGUGACGCGUUUUAUAAAAAAUGUGUGGAAUAUUUGCAAUCCUCUCAAAGGAGGGACAACCAAUAUUACCGAAAAUAUGUCGCGGUUGUGUGCACACACUUCGUGAAUUUGCUUAUCGUCAAAGUGGAAAACAACGCCAUCGAGGUCCUGACGAAACGGGUGUGGCAAUAAUGCCAGAACAUGGAGUGGCCUUUGUACAUGAACGUCUCGCUGUUAUUGGCGUAAAGACGGGACGUCAGCCUUUAUACUCCGAGGAUGGCAACGUUACGUUGAUUGCAAAUGCAGAAAUUUACAAUUAUCUCGCAUUAGCAGAAUCAAUUGCAAAUAAACGUCCCAAUUAUCGCCCACGAAGUGAUUGUAAUGUGAUUGUUGAGUUGUACGAAGAUUACGGCGAAGGUCUGUUUGAGCUGAUAACUGGAAUGUUUGCAUUUGUCCUGUAUGACAAAAGUUCGAAAACUGUGCUCAUUGCCCGUGAUCCUUAUGGCAUCAUGCCACUGUACAUCGGUGAGGAUGAAGAGGGAAAUAUGUGGAUAUCAUCGGAAAUGAAGUGUAUGGUAGAGUUUUGUCCAAAAGUAAAAAACUUUCCGCCGGGUCACUAUAUCAUGGGUCAAUUGGGGGGAAAUAUGAAUCCACAACGAUUUUACAGCCGCGCAUGGCAACAGGAAAUUCCAUGUGAACCAGCCAAUGUUAAUAUAUUGCAAGAACGUCUAGAAUCAGCGGUCCGCACCCACUUGCAAUGUGAUGUGCCAUUUGGAGCCCUCCUUUCGGGAGGUGUUGACUCUAGCCUCAUUGCGUCCAUUGCUACGAAAAUAAUGCGAGAAAGAGACCCCAACUAUCGAUUACGUACUUUUUCUGUGGGAAUGAAGGGAUCGCCAGACUUCAAGUACGCGCGCUUGGUAGCCGAUUAUAUUAACAGCGAUCAUACCGAAGUUUCAUUUACUGUCGAGGACUGUCUAGAUGGAGUUCGUGAUUUGAUCUAUCAUUUGGAAUCGUACGAUAUAGCCACUGUUCGCUGCAGUUUGCCCAUGUUUUAUUUGGCUCGUUACGUAAAGAGCACUGGCAUAAAGAUGAUUUUGUCAGGCGAAGGUGCGGAUGAAAUAUUCGGUGGAUAUUUGUACUUUUACAAGGCACCCAAUUAUGAGGAGUUUCACAAGGAGAUGGUAACACGGGUCGAUCAGUUGCAUGUCUCAGACAUUCUGCGAGCCAACAAAGUUACCAUGUCAAAGGGAUUGGAACUGAGAGUUCCUUUUCUCGAUACGAGUUUUGUGGAUUAUGCCAUGUCCAUAAGGCCGGAAGACAAAAUACCCGGUCCGCUUAACUGCUACAAUGACACACUUGGAGACCGUAUGGAAAAAUUCAUUUUACGCAAAGCUUUUGAAAACAACUAUCUUCCAGCCGAAGUACUCUGGCGUCAAAAAGAGCAAUUUUCCGAUGGCGUUGGUUACGAUUUAAUUGAAGCAUUGCCUCGUUUCGCCGCAAAACAUGUCAGUGAUGAGGAAUUUUCCAAAGCUUCUAUACGUUUUCCAAUUAAUACUCCAAAAACGAAAGAAGCCUUUUACUACAGAUGCAUAUUUGAGGAACAAUUUCCUGGAAAAUCGGCAGCUUUAACAGUUGAAAAGUGGGCCCCACGACUAGAUUGGGGUUGCCCGGAAGACCCAUCUGGGAGAGCCCAAGAAGCUCAUGCAAAUCGUUUGAAGCAGUAUCUGAAAUAAUUUAUGCCAAUUUAUAAUUUUGUUUAUUUGUUUAAAGUAGUUAAUUAAUACCCACAAAAUAAAUAUGAUACACAUUUAAUUGUUUAA